UCAUCUGGCAACACUGUUUGACGCGGACUUUUUGGCAAAGGACGCUACGGAUUGCAAUUUAUUUUUCCGGAAAUGUAUGUGAAGAGGCUCGUGCUCGACGGCUUCAAGUCCUACGGCCGGCGCACGGAAAUCGAGGGCUUCGAUCCGGAGUUCACGGCCAUCACGGGAUUAAACGGCUCGGGAAAAUCAAACAUCUUGGAUAGCAUCUGCUUCGUGCUCGGCAUCAGCAAUCUGCAGAAUGUGCGCGCUUCUGCCUUGCAAGACUUGGUGUACAAGAAUGGGCAGGCGGGCAUCACCAAGGCCACCGUGACCAUUGUUUUCGACAACACCAAUGCCGCCCAGUGUCCGCAGGGCUACGAGAAGUGCCGCGAAAUCUCGGUCACCCGGCAGGUGGCCGUCGGCGGCAAGAACAAGUUCCUGAUCAAUGGCAAACUGGUGCAGAACAAGAAGGUCCAUGACUUCUUUUGCUCCAUUCAGCUGAACGUGAACAAUCCCAACUUUCUCAUCAUGCAGGGCAAGAUCCAGCAAGUGCUUAACAUGAAGCCCAAGGAGGUUCUGUCCAUGGUGGAGGAGGCAGCGGGCACCAGUCAGUAUAAAUCGAAGCGAGACGCCACCAAGACCCUUAUAGAAAAGAAGGAGACCAGGGUGAGGGAGACAAAGGUGCUGCUGGAUGAGGAGGUGCUGCCCAAGCUGGUGAAACUUCGUCAGGAGCGCGCCGCCUAUCAGGAGUACCAGAAGCUCUGCCGCGACAUUGACUUUCUCGUCAGGAUUCACAUCUCGGCCAAAUAUCGCAAGCAAAGCGAGAUCUUGAAGUCUGUGGAAGCCAAUGAGCAGAAAAUCGAGGAGCGCAUUAAAAAGGAUCAGGCCACGCAUGCCAAGAACAUAGAGGAAGUCGAGGAGAUCGACAACACCGUACAGGUCAUGCAGAAGCAGAUUGACGACGAGAUGGGUGGCUCCCUCAACGAGCUGGAGACACAGCUAAAGGCCAAGCGAGCCACAGAGGCCACCGCAUCGGGCAGCUUGAAGGCGGCCCAAGGAACCAUCCAGCAGGAUGAGAAAAAGAUCAAAAUGGCCGCUAAGAAUAUAGAAGAUGAUACGCGGGCGCUAGCCAAAAAGGAGGAGGACAUGGCCAAGGUUCAGGGCGAGUUUGAGAGCCUCAAGGAAGCAGAUGCCACGGACUCCAAGGCCUACGAGGAUGCUCAACGGAAGCUGGAGGCGGUGUCCCAGGGUCUGUCUACCAAUGAAGAUGGCCAGGCUACCACACUGCAGGAUCAGCUCAUAGCGGCCAAGGAGCAGUUCAGCGAGGCGCAGACCACUAUAAAAACCUCGGAGAUGGAGCUACGUCACACGCGCGGCGUGUUGAAGCAGCGCGAAGGUGAGACGCAGACCAACGAUGCAGCAUACACAAAGGACAAGGGCCUUCACGAUCAGUUGGUGGCGGAAAUAAAGAACUUGGAGCGCCAGCUGCAGGGCAUCAACUACGAGAGCGGCCAGUUCGAGCAGCUCCGAGAGCGCAGAAACGAGCUGCACAACCGCAAGCGUGAGCUCAAGCGAGAGUUGGACCGCUCGAAUGCCUCUCGAUAUGACCUGCAGUACCAGGACCCAGAGCCAAAUUUUGAUAGGCGCAAAGUGCGCGGUAUGGUGGGCAAGUUGUUCCAGGUGAACGACAUGCAGAACUCCAUGGCUUUGGUGACAACAGCAGGCGGAAGCUUAUACAGCUAUGUGACGGACGAUGAUGUGACCUGUAAAAAGAUUCUCCAAAGAGGACAGCUGCAGCGACGCGUCACCUUCAUACCCAUCAACAAGAUCCAAUCGGGUUCUCUCCAGAGACAGGUCGUAGAGUAUGCCCAGAACAAGGUGGGCGCUGAGAACGUGCAGUGGGCCAUGUCGCUGGUCAACUAUGACCGUUACUACGAGCCCGUGAUUAAGUACAUCUUUGGGUCAACCCUCAUAUGCAGGGAUCUGGAUAUAGCCAAGGAGAUCAGCUACGAUCCGCGCAUCAUGUGUCGUUCGGUGACCUUGGAGGGUGAUGUGGUGGAUCCCCAUGGCACGGUAUCCGGCGGUGCUCCACCCAAGGGUGCCAACGUUUUGGAGGAGCUGUACUCCAUCAGAAAAGUGGAAAAGGAAUACCGACAGAUCGAUUCUGAGAUAGCGGCCGUGGAACAGCAAAUGGCAUCCAUUGAGAACGUGGCCCACUCGUUCAACAAGAUGAAGGAGAACCUGGAGCUGCGCCAGCACGAGCUUACCAUGUGCCAGAAUAGGUUGGCCCAGACCACCUUCCAGCAGAACCAAGCCGAAAUCGAGGAAAUGCGGGAGAGGGUCAAGACUCUCGAGCAGCAAGCCGUGGAUGCGCGUGAGAAGCAAAAGAGCUCUCAAGCCAAGAUCAAGGACAUCGAGGCCAAGCUGUCAGAUGCCAAAGGCUAUCGGGAACGCGAACUCAAGGCAGCCACCAACGAGGUGAAGGCUUCCAAGCAACGGGCGGAAAAGUCGCGGGCCAACUGGAAAAAGCGCGAGCAGGAAUACGAAACGCUGCAACUGGAGAUCACAGAGCUGAAGAAGACCAUUGAGACGGCCAAGCAGCAGCACCAGGAGAUGAUGGACAACCUGGAGAAGUUCAAGGCCGAGCUGGUUGCCCUAAAGGCGAAUAGUUCCAGUGCCGCCUCCGAGGUAACGGAGCUGGAGCGGGCCAUCAAGGAUCAAAAGGACAAACUUAAUGCCCAGAACAAGGAGAUGCACAACCUUUUGGUCAAGAAGGACAGAAUGCUGAAGCAGAACCAGGAUAUCGAGCUGGAGGUCAAGAAGAAGGAGAACGAAAAGAAAAAGAUCAGCUCGGCAGCUCAGCAUGCCAAGAACCAGAUGGAGGAACUGGAGGUCAAGUAUCCCUGGAUACCCGAGGAGAAGAACUUCUUUGGCAUGACGAAUACCCGCUACGAUUACAAGCGUCAGGAUCCUGUCGAGGCGGGCCACAAGCUGACCAAAUUGAUGGAGAGCAAAUCCAAGAUGGAGCGCAACCUCAACAUGAACGCCAUCAUGGUGCUGGACCGCGAGGAGGAGAACUUUAAGGAGACAGAGCGCCGGCGCACCAUCGUGGCCAUGGACAAGGAGAAGAUCAAGCAGAUUAUUGUCAAAAUGGAUGAAGAGGAGCAGGCCCAGCUGAACCGAGCUGCUGACGAGGUAAACAAGAACUUUAGCGGCAUCUUCAGUUCCCUUCUGCCGGGCGCCGAUGCGAAACUCAAUCCUGUCAUGACCAAGGGCUGUCUCACCGGUCUAGAGAUUAAAGUGGGCUUCAAUGGCAAGUGGAAGGAGAGUUUGGGUGAGCUGUCGGGUGGCCAGAAGUCACUGGUUGCCCUCUCACUGGUUCUGGCCAUGCUCAAGUUCUCGCCGGCUCCUUUGUACAUCCUGGACGAGGUGGACGCCGCGCUGGACAUGUCGCACACGCAGAAUAUCGGCAGCAUGCUGAAGCAGCACUUUACCAGUUCCCAGUUCUUGAUUGUCUCCCUCAAGGAUGGCCUCUUCAACCAUGCCAACGUCCUGUUUCGCACGCUGUUUGAGGAGGGUGUGUCCACCAUUACCAGGCAGGUCAGUCGUCAGGCAGCCACCACCAAUCGGCGUUGAUUAAAAUCUCUUUUGGAUUCCAAGUUCCAUGAAAAAAUGUUCGAUUUUUCAACUAAUACCGUAUUUAUGUUUUGAAUAUUAGUAUUAACACAAAACGUAUAAAUCUGUUCUUAUGUAUAAAAACCUUAAGAAUA